UGUGCUUCGCACUCCCCCGGCAAUAUACUUAAACUCUCGCGUCCCUGUUUUUUUUUGCUCUCGGUCGCUCGCGGAGGAGAAGCAAAAGGCGCGGAUUGUACGUACUACUUGUGGUAAUAAUAUGGUGCUUAGAGAUCGAGGUAGUGCGUGUGUGGUAAUUCUUCUCCCGGGAUGAUGGUGCGAGAUAAGUGUGAAAAGUGAAAUAGGAUUGGAUUGAUGGUUAUGAAGAGGAGAAAUGCCGCUUUCGGAAGGUUUGGAUUAACAAGAUAUCGGGUGUACUCCGUUGGAAAAAGCUGCGUUUUCGAGGAGAAGCAGCUGCAGUGACGCCGGGCCGCGCGUUUGUUUCAUAUAUUUUAUAUCUUAACUGUGUAUUUAUUACCAACAUUUUUAGCAGUGUCGAGGUUUGAAGAGAAGCUUUGAAUUGUGUUUAAAUACAAAAAAUUUUCACACAUGAAAUACGAUGAGACUCGUCAAGCCUAACUGGGUUACUCACGAUGGAUCUCCCAUUUAUUCCGUGGAUAUACAUCCGGAUGGCAAAAGGUUUGCCACCGGCGGGCAAGGUGGAGAUUCCGGUAGGGUAGUCAUUUGGAAUCUCGAGCCAGUGCUGAAUGAAGAGGCAGAAAACAACUCAAACAUUCCAAAGAUGCUGUGCCAGAUGGACAAUCAUUUUGCAUGUGUAAAUUGUGUACGAUGGAACAGUUCUGGCAUGUUAGCAUCAGCUGGCGAUGAUAAAUUAAUUAUGUUAUGGAGAUUGGCAGUUGGAGUUGGAGUUAGUACGUUAUUUGGUGCUAAAGCUGGUGUAGAAACAUGGAGAUGCAAGUCAACUCUACGUUCGCACUCGGGUGACAUAUUGGAUCUAGCAUGGGCUCCCCACAAUCCAUGGCUGGCUUCAGCUUCAGUUGAUAACACUGUCAUUGUGUGGGACACAUCCAAAGCAACCAUAGUAGCUAUUUUGAAAGGCCAUAGUGGCUUAGUGAAAGGUGUAGCUUGGGACCCUAUUGGAAAGUACUUAGCAACUCAGUCGGAUGAUAAGACUUUGAGAGUUUGGAGAACAAAUGACUGGGGCCAAGAAUCUCUGAUCACGGAGCCUUUUGAAGAAUGUGGCAGCACUACUCACGUCCUCAGGUUAUCUUGGAGUCCGGACGGUCAGUACUUGGUGUCUGCUCAUGCCAUGAAUGGAGGUGGGCCCACUGCUCAGAUCAUUGAUAGAGAAGGUUGGAAACAAGAUAAGGAUUAUGUUGGUCACAGGAAAGCGGUCACAUGCGUUAAAUUUAAUAACAAUAUAAUGCAAAAACCAACGAACCGAGGGGAAAAAAACGAGGAGAAGAAAACAAUGAGAUUCUGUUGUGUGGCGAUAGGCUCACGCGAUCGUUCAAUAUCCAUCUGGUCAACGCCCUUGAAACGUCCUUUAGUUGUUAUAAACGAAGUGUUUUUGUCUUCAGUGUUGGAUCUUUCGUGGUCGUCAUGUGGUAUGCGUCUGUGUGCUUGUUCUAUGGAUGGAACUGUCGUUUUUAUGGAAUUCUCAAGUGAAGAGUUAGGAUGUCCUUUAGAUUCUGUCGAAGUGAUGAAUAUGAAAGAACGAAUGUAUGGAAAAAUAGCUCAAGGUGGCUGCACGAUUAUCGAGACACCCGAGCUCCUGCUACGCCAAAAUUCAGUUCCUGUGCCCUCUGCAGUCCCCGCGAACCCUGUGACUACAGAAUCGUUGUCGGUUUCUCAAUCUUUUACGAAUUGUGUAAAAAGUAUUUUGCCUAAUUCUGUGGUUCAAUCACCUGUUAAAGCACCUAUUGAUAAGCAAAUUGAAACUAGAAUGUCAAAUGGCAAGCGAAGAAUCACACCCAUGUUUGUACCUCCACCUCCAGAAACACUGGAUAGUGAACCAGGUAAAUCAGUUCCUACAGAGCCGUUCUCGAGUACCUCGCAAGCAAAGAGUACAAUAGUCAUUGAAAGGCGUGACGAAGUCGUGCGACCACCACAAUCAAACGUAAGCAAUAUCUCUAGUUUUUCGAGGAUAGAGGAACCUUCGACCUCUGCAGCAACGACGUCCGGCCCUGCGCUUACCCUAAAGCGUAAAGAUCCGAAAUCAUCGACGACGACGACGACGGAUAAUGACGCGGAGUCACAGAGUAAAAAGGCCAAAAGCAUACCUGUCGAGCGCAAUGGCCAUCCCGUGCUGUUUCCGUCGCUAAAACCCAAAGCGCCCAUCUCUUUGCACACGGGACACUAUACCGUCACGGUCAACAGCGACCACAACUUGUAUCACAUGCAAGUGUACGAAGAAACGAGUACCGAACGUCUGUGGGAUCAGUACUUUGGUUACGGGGUGACGGGCUUGGCAUCGACAACAGCCAUAGUAGCAGUGUCUCUGGAAGACGGCAGUGUACAUAUAUUUUAUACGACCAAAGGCGCCCGCGCUACACCGCCUCUGGCUCCGCCGUCGCCCAUUGCCAGGCUAGUUGCUGCUGGUAACAUGGUAAUGGUUAUAUCUUGUUACGGAGAUGUGCGAGUGUGGGAAAUAACUCAAAGUGCCUGUCGUCUAAUUUGUUCGACGUCAGCUGCACAUCUCGUCACUCCCGGGAUGUCGAUACUAAAUUGCACGCUCUACAAUGGUAUGCCUCACUUGGCGUUUACCAAUGCCAGAGCUUACGUUUAUCACAUAGAAAUGGGCACGUGGUUGUUGAUUGGCGACAGUCAAGAUCCAGUGUGGCGGUGGUCGGCAAUGAACGCUCUACACAACCCCGUGGUGAUGGGCAAUCGAAAAGCGAAUGGGCCUGUGGCUGUGCUUCAGGAAGGAUUAAAUCUAGUUGCCGGUAUGGUCAUGCCACCGUUGAAAAAUCCAAACAGUAUUCCGUGCAUAACAUCGUACUUGGAGCAACAGGUUCUUGUCUCUAAAAUUCUUGGCAGCUCUCACGAAUACGUCCAUUGGCUGUUGGCAUUUGCGACUUUCUUAGUAACGCAUGAUGGCUUGGAAAGCCGAUUGAGAAUAAUAUUGGACGAACUGUUAGGCCCAGCUCAUAGUACUGCUCACAAAAGCACCUGGGAUCCUGAUAUUUUGGGUGUAAAAAAGCAUGCCCUCUUGGAGGACAUAUUGAAAAUCAUGUCCUCGAAUUUGCGCUGGCAAAGACUGUAUGUCGAGUACAACGAACAACUGGAGGAAAUAAAGAAGUUAUGAGAAAGUGCUGGGGAUGAUGGUGAUGAUGAAAUACUUUCUAAAUACUUACGAGACAGCAGAUAUUUUGGAACAAGAGAUUUGUACAUUUUACGCAACUGUUGAUGGACAAAACGAUAAUAAGAUUGUACAAAGUUUGAUAUAAAAAUGAAGUAAUAAAUUAUUUUCAAUUUUUACGUCUAAAUGUGUCCAGUAAUGGAAAUUUUGUAUUACAAUCGAUGAUGGAUAAAUGUAAAAUAAGAGACGCUUUUAUUUUUUAACG